AUGGGUAAAAACAGGAAAUCCAAGCGGCAAUUGAUCCGUGACGAGAAGCGCGCCAAGAAGCGCGAGCGUGAGCUUGCCGAGGAGGAAGAGCGUCAGGCAAAGCGCCAGCGCCGCGCUGAGCGUGACAACGCCGAAAACACCUACGAUCCCAACGCUGAUUAUAUUCCGCUCGACGAUGACUUCGACUCCAGCAAUGGCCCGCGCGGUGCGGGCAACUUCCAGCGCGAGUUCUUUGGUAUGCUCGGGGAUCAGGAACAGGAAUACUUCCGCCACGCCGACGAGAUGCUCGAGCUGAACGACUUCCCCACGCCCGAAGACCGUGCUCUCUUUCUGCAGAAUGUGUACCGCGAAGCCCGCGGAAAAGAGCUAAAGCUCGCCAGCAGCCAGUCAUGCUCGCGCCUGAUGGAGCGCCUGAUUCUCCUGUCGUCCACGGCCCAGAAAAAGCGGUUGUUUGGCGCCUUUGCUGGCCACUUCAUGACUCUCAUCACCCAUCGCUUCGCCAGCCACUGCUGCGAGAAGCUGUUCCUCAUGAGUGCCCCGGUCGUCACCCAGGAGUUGAGCGGAUCUGAGGAAGCCAAUGGCGACGUGGAGAUGACCGAUGCUGAGGAUCCUGCGGAAGUGACCGAAGCGAUGAAGACGUCCAUGGAGGACUUGUUCCUGCUCACCCUCGACGAGCUGGAAGAACAUCUGUCCUUCCUGCUCUCCGAUCGCUAUGGCUCGCACGCCCUCCGAGUGUUGUUAGUUGUGCUCUCAGGCCGCCCCCUCGACCAAGCAGGCACCAAAUCCUUGCUGCAGAGCAAAAACAAAGAGCACGUCACAGUCGAAGGUGCUGCCGCUAGUCUUAGCGAGCUUACAUCGCAGCCUAGGCCGGUGCCGGCAUCUUUCACUGCGGCCAUCGAGAAAAUUAUUGCCGAUUCAACCGCUUCCAUGGAUGCGACCGCGCUCCGCGUUCUGGCAAAGCACCCGACCGGCAACCCCACAUUGCAGCUUCUGCUAGAGCUGGAGCUGACCUUGCUUCUCAAGUACAAGAAGGGGAAGAAGGACGGGGAUAAGGAUGCGGAUGAGCAGAACAAUCGGCCAUCGCUUCUUGAACGGCUAUUACCAGGCGCGCCAGCAUCGCUCAGCGAUGAAAAGUCCCAAGCAUGUGAGUUUGUCAACGGCAUGAUCUAUGAUCCGAUCGGAUCGCGUCUCCUCGAGACUCUCAUCGCCCAUUGUCCGGGCAAAGUCUUUAAAGGUCUCAACCAUCACGUCUUCGGGCCACGCAUCCAGAGCUUCUUGCGCAACGACAUCGCGUCGUACCCGGCCAUCAAGGUGCUCACACGCCUGGGCAAGGAUGACCUCGUCAGCGCGGUCGAAAAAUGUUUGCCAGAAAUUCCUACCUAUCUCGAACGAGGCCGUCUGAAUGUCAUUAAGACGUUCUUUGAGAGGUGCCACGUUCGCGGCGCUACCGCUGAACUUUCUACACUCCUGCAGGCUCUCACAAAAGCCUGCGGCAACGACUGGAAGCACAUUGUGCCGAAAUUAUGUCUACUCGAUGAGCCAGAGCCCAGCCAUCAGGAAGACAAAAAGUUCCAACAACCCGACGCAAAGAACCGCAACGCGCUCAUCACUCACGGCAGUCAGAUCGUCUCUACUCUCCUCUCUAUCCCCGGCCAGCCGUCUAAGGCCAUCCAAACUUCCCUCCUCUCCCUCAACCCCGAGCAUCUCCUUCGCCUUGCUACUUCCUGCCCGGCCUCCGCAGCCAUCCUUUCCAAGGCUCUGUCUACCCCGGCACAAAUAGCCCAUUUCCACAAGCUUCUCGUCGCCAACCUCGUCCCGAACAUCUUCGACAUCGCCACAUCCUCUUCCCAUAGCAGCGCCAUCGUCAACGCCAUCAUCUCCACGCCUUCCCGCGUUACCGUGGACGAGACCCAGCAGGAACAGCAGCAAGCGAACAAGAAGGGCAACAACAGCAACAAGAAGGACAGUAACAGCACGCCUGCUGUCCCCAUCGUGCCGUUCCACCUCAAAGAAAACAUCAUGGCGCAGCUGGAGCGACGCCAAGGCGAGCUGCGGUCUACCUGGCUGGGACGGAACGUUUGGCGCACGUGGCGGGGUGAUAUAUGGAGUCAUAGGCGGCCUGAAUGGGUGCGCUGGGCGAAGGAGACGGACCCGGAAGAUGCGAGGGUGGCGGCUGUGCCGAAAAAGAAGGAGGUUGUGGAGGAGGGGAAGGGUAAGGAGAAGGGGAAGGCGAAGGAAAAGAGGGACAAAGUCCAAUCGGGAGAAAAGGAGCGGGAAAAGAAGAAGAAGAGUGACGAACGGAAGAAGUCCACGGACACGAGGGACGGAGAGGAGAAGCAGGCUAAUGAUGAAGACCGGAAGAAGAGAGAAAAGGACAAGAAAAAGGAGAAGAAAUCCUCUGGUUAG